AGAGCUUGAUGCAGAGUAGUGAACUUUGUGUGCUGGGCAAGUGCUGCUGUGCUCCUGGUCCCUUGUCGUCAUGAUGAAGUUUAAAGGGGUGCAGGUGCUCAUGAUUCUUACAGUUCUGUCCUUUGGUGUGCUCUACUUCCUCUUCCUACCCUGCAGCAACAAUGCCCCCAUGGAAGAAAAACAAUCUCCAGUCCACAUCCUCAUCCUGUCCUCCUGGCGGUCAGGAUCUUCCUUCACAGGACAGAUCUUCAGCCAGCACCCCAGUGUCUUCUAUCUGAUGGAACCUGCGUGGCACGUGUGGGUCACGAUGUACCAGAGCAGUGCCAAAGUCUUGCACAUGGCAGUGCGGGACUUAGUCAGAUCUGUCUUUCUGUGUGAUAUGUCUGUGUUUGAUGCCUACAUGUCUAGUCAGAAGAAAAAGUCUGAUUUAUUUAAGUGGGAGACAAGUCGGGCUUUGUGCUCCCCUCCUGCCUGUGAUUCAUUCAGCCGCAGUGACAUCAUAACUGCGGGCAACUGCAGGACAAUCUGUGGCCGAUACCCAUUCAGCAAGGUGGAGGAAGCCUGCAAGACCUAUAGCCACAUUGUCAUCAAGGAGGUCCGGUUCUUUGACCUGAAGGUUCUCUACCCGCUUCUCACCGAUCCUUCUCUGAACCUCAAAAUUAUUCACUUGGUACGUGAUCCUCGUGCUGUUUUCAGGUCCCGGGAGAAUACAGUGGCUGAUCUUACACGUGACAGCAAUAUUGUUGUGGGAACCCAGAAGACAAAGGGAGAGAUGGGACCCUACAACACAAUGCAGGAAAUUUGUAAGAGCCACAUUGAGAUUUACAAAGCAGGCAGCCAGACCGUUCCUAGCUUCCUCAAGGACCGUUACCUGCUGGUUCGCUAUGAAGACAUUGUCAGAGAUCCGCUAGCAAAGGCUGCUCAGAUGUAUCAGUUUGCAGAGCUCCACUUCACACCAGAGCUUCAGAGGUGGGUUCACAACAUAACCCAUGGGAAGGGACAAGGUACACAGGCCUUUGACAUUGAGUCUAGGGAUGCAGUGAGUGUAUCUCAGGCCUGGAGGAAGACCCUUCCCUUCCAGAAAAUAGAAAAAGUGCAAAAUGUGUGCAAGGAUGCAAUGGACUUACUGGGCUAUCGGCUAGUUCAGUCCGAAGAAGAACAGAAAAAUAUGUCAUUGAAUCUUUUGUUUGCCCAGAACUCCUCUGAGUGAUAAAUUAUGAAGGCAGGAAAGCUGCUCUCCGAGCACCAUGCAGAACUAUUUGCUAGAGCAAAAGAGAACAGAGGUACAUGCAUAUAUGUAUGCAAGUGACUGCACACACGUGUGGACUGUAAAAGGACUGUUACCACAGGAACAGAGUGCCAUGAGGCCCUGUUCACAUGUAUGACUGCUUUCCCAGCAGAGCAGCAUCCUUCUCCAAGGCCAGGCAAGCAUGUUGUCUUGGAAAGGCUCCCAAAGGCUCAGCCACUGGGUAGCUUGAAGUAAUGCAAGGCCAUUUUCCAUAUAAAGCUCAGGGCUUAUGAGAGAGAGGAAGUACGUGCAGAUGGGAGCAAAUGCCCAAGGAGCAGGACCAGACAU